GGUCAAUAAACAAGCAGUCGCUAACCACUCGCUCAAGAGCGCGAUGACUGAAAUUUUUCACUAUCCAGAAGAAAAGGUUUUCAAGGCAUUUGUAUGGUCAAAGACAUUUGUUUUCUAUGUAAUCACCGUGGUCUUCCACUUCCUCGCACCAAUUAUAAUCCUUUGUAACCUGAAAUAUAUUUGGAUAGAUUUCAAAUAUAUUCCUGUCAAUCUGGGUCCCUGUUUCCCUGAAAUAAGUCAGUCAUUCGUUUGGAUUUAUACUGCUGAUGAUCAAAAUCAAAUCAACUCCAACUUCUGGUCUGGAAUGGAUGUAACUUUUAGGAAUGAAUUUAUUAGUAUUGAAGACCACUUCCUAUCUGGAUCAAUAAACUACUUCAGCUAUGAAAAUCCCGUUCCAUGGCCAUCAAAAGAUGUCGGGAAAUUAUACUAUAAGGCAACUGAGAUUUCGAUCUAUAUAUUUAAUGUUACCAGUAUCAAAAUAAUCGGGAAGCGUCUUUUUAUUCCGAUAACAUGUGGUUUGCGAGAAAACAAUAAUGAGUUCUCAAUGAACGUCACUGGAUUAAUAUGGAGUGAAUUCAUUUCGCAAACGUCAAUGACUGAUUUAUUUAUUCAAAGUGAACUAACUCUAAAGCAAACACAAUCUAUUCAAUUGCACGGAAUGGAUCCAAUAGAAAAGAAGUACUACAUGAGACCUGUAAUGAAUAUGAAUACUGUACGUUAUAAUUCAAUGAUUUCUAACAUCAACAAUGCAAUGUAUGAUAUGUUAGAUAGAAAUUUGACCCUUCAUCUCGGAAAAACACAUUAUUAUAUGUCAACUAGCGAAACAGGUGCCCAACCAUCAGAAUCAUUUCAUAUUACAUUGGUAAUAAAUCUUCCAGAGCAAGAACUAUUAUUUGAAACACCAUUUAUUCAUAGAUUAAAAUGGGCAUAUAUCUUUUACAUUGGUAUAUGGAUUAUAUUUUAUUGGCCAAUUCAAUGGUUACAACGUUGGGUAUUUGAAAAACGUCGAUUGAUGAUCUGUGAUAAUUUAAUUGAAUUUAAACAACCGUCAGAGAAUGUUUACUUAAGUCAGUUGAAGAAUGAAUGGUGAUGAUUAAUGGACAACUUUCUAUGAUACAAGUUCCCAAUUUGAAUAGAAGUGGACACUGUUUUCUAUCCAUCUCAAACUCAUUGAAAUACAUUAAUCAUAUACAAUAUCUGAAGAAUACGACUACAUUGUUCUAAGUAUGUGUACAUAAAUAUAUAUUUAUCUAUAGCAUUUUUUAUAAAGAAAAAUAUUUGACAA